AUGAACCUGCUCCCCACGUUGAUUGCUCUUCGGAGGCGCCUUCGGUUGAGCAGUCAUUCCUUGGCAGAUGUGUGGCUGGAGUCUGUCAGACGUUUCGGCAGUGAGACAUUCAUUGUGUUCGAGCAUCGUAGGAUGACUUUCCAGGACGUGGACCGCGUGUCCAAUCAGAUGGCACAUCUGCUGCGGCAGCAGGGCUUUCAACCCGGGCAGGCCCUGGCGCUCAUGAUGGAGAACAAGCCGGAAUACGUUUGUUGGUGGUUGGCCAUGGCGAAAAUUGGGGUCAAGGUUGCCCUCUUGAACUACAACCUCACAGGUCGUGGUUUAGCUCAUUGUCUUUGUUCCGCCGUGCAGGACUGCCUCGGAGUCGUGUUCGACGGUGAGUGUGAGGCCAACCUUCACACUAUUGAUGCCGCCUUGCACGAGCACAGCAUGAAGCUCUUCUGCUGGGGAGGUCAACCUCGGCGAAGCUUUCAAGCUCCAGUCCUGGCAGUUGACUAUGACCAGCUCCUGGGAUUUCCCUACUCAGGAGACGGAUUUGCCGAGCUGAGACGAGGCAUCAAGUUCAACGACGUGUUUGGUUAUAUCUAUACAAGUGGCACCACGGGCCUGCCCAAGGCGGCGAAGAUGAUGCACUCCAAGAUGUACAGCCUCAGCGGCAUUUGUGGCAUCCUGGGCCUUGGACCAGGAGACAGGCUCUACACGUGCUUACCUCUCUACCACAGUGCGGGUGGCGGGUUGGGCACGAUGUCGUGCCUCGUGUCAGGUGCGACGCUGGUCUUGGCACGGAAGUUUAGCGCCAGUCGCUUUUGGACAGAAAUUUCUGAGCAGGGCUGCACAGCCUUCCAGUACAUCGGAGAGCUUGGACGCUAUCUGGUGAACUACGCGAGGGAGCAUCCGGAGGUGACCCAGAUCCCACACAAGCUCAAAGGUGCCGUGGGGAACGGACUUAGGCCGGAGGUCUGGGACGAGUUUCAAGACAAGUUCAACAUUCCAGUCGUGACUGAGUUCUACGGCGCCACAGAAGGUAACGCCGCCCUGCUGAAUUACUGCAGGAAGACCGACCUGGCCUCGCGAGGAGCCAUCGGCAAAGGAGGCUUCUUCUUCGACAAGGUCCUGAAGCUCAGGAUUGUUAAGUUUGACGUCGAUGCCGAGACUCCCAUCCGUGGGGCUAAUGGCUUCUGCAUCGAAACAUCACCGGGCGAGGCAGGCGAGCUGAUUUGUCCCAUCGACGACAGUCAUCCCACGAGGAGGUUUGAAGGCUAUACGGAUCCCAAAGCCACCGAGAAGAAGGUACUGCGUGAUGUCUUCACCAAAGGUGAUGCCUGGUUUCGCACGGGCGACCUUCUCUCGAAGGAUUCCAGCGGACUGUGGUAUUUCGUGGACAGAAUUGGUGACACCUUCAGGUGGAAGGGCGAGAAUGUGAGCACCAUGGAGGUGUCGCAGGUCCUGUCCAGCUUCCCCGGCGUCGAGGAAGCCAACGUCUACGGGGUGCAGGUUCCGGGCGAGUCGGAUGGACGUGCCUGCAUGGCUGCCCUGAACUGCCCAGAGGAGCUCCAGAGCAGGGAGAAGCUGGAUGCUGUGCAGGCCCUCUGCGAGAAGGAGCUGCCCGGCUACGCGCGGCCGCUUUUCCUGCGCUUCCUGCCGUCCAUGGAAGUCACCGGCACCUUCAAGCACCAGAAGGUCCACUUGAGAAACGAGGGCAUCGACCUAACGAAGGUCCAAGACCCGAUCUACGUCUUGCACCCCGCCUCGAAGCGCUACGAGCGCCUGGACGCCGCCAUGCUCCAGGAGCUCCAGCACCGAGCAAAGCUGUAA